GUUUCUAUGUUAGCGCGGACCCCGAUUGGUGGUCGCUUCCGAUCGAUGAUCAUCGGUGAAUGGUGUUGGACCGUCGACCGUCCUUCAACCAAUACCAUCGUCAUCAUCACUCUAGCAGCUGGCUUUUCAUUCAGAAUCAAAAGACCCGCAUAGCCUUUUUACGCUCAAGGCUAAUGAUGGCGCCAGGGGGUGCGUGUAUCCGUCUACACGCGCGGCGCACAAUGUUUGAAUGGCUUCUGCAAGUCUAAGACAAAGAGAAUAAGUACAAACGUAACCAACAUCAUUGUGCAAGACGAAGCUUUGUGCCAUCUACGCCAAACGUCUUUGUCUCAUGAUCCUUAGAUUCGUUCAGCAACUUCAUGGGUAUAUGUCCAUCCACGCUGUUCACACUCAGAUUGACUUCGAAACAGUAACAUAGUAAUCGCAGUCAUGUAUAUUCGUAAGUCAGAUAUUCACUUACCAUAUCCGUUGGGCCGUGGCCCGCCUGUCAAUUACGAUCCUCUGUCACCAACGAGCUCCGACGAUGAGAACACAGAUGAGAUUCUGCCGCGUCGCUUCGAUGUAAUUAGUUCAUCUAAGCGCCCCCGAUAUGUUAUCGAAGACCAGAUAAGAAAAGGAAGACUACGUACAGUUAGGAAAGCUGCAAAUCAGAACGGACAUCAGCAAGCGGCUGAGAACACUUCCAAACGCGCAGCACAAGACGUGACUCAUGAAGUGCCUCGGAAUGCAGUACCAGCUCCAAGCGCUGUACAAAGCAAUUUGCGAUCCAAAAUGGAGAUGGCACCGCCCGCGAAAAGGGUCAAGACAACCCAUGUGCCAGGCGCCUUCCCAGACUCCGACUCAGACGAAGGCUCAGGCGACAUCUCAGUGACUCUCGCAGCUUCAGUAGCCCGACCUCAAAAGUCUAGGCAGCCUACUGUAGAAAAUUGUAGCGAAGACGAGGAUGCCAACGCACCACACCGCACAAAGCCUUUGCAGGACCACGAACCACUUCUGCAGCCUGCUUCAGAACACGCUACCAGCGCACCAACGCCCACACUGCCCAAAAACGUCUCUCACCCACCUCUACAAAACCCUCAAUCCCCUAUCAAACCCCUCACCCCAACCUUUCUCAUGCCCUCCCGUCCCCCGUCCCCCCUUCUCCCCACAGGUCCCUCCCGCAACCCCUCUGUCGCUGAGACCCGCUCCCAAUGGUGCGACUACCACCUCGCCCUCGACACCGCCGGCGAAAAGCGCGCCACAGCCGCAACCCAGCGGGCGGGCUACAAGAUAAUCCCAUCCGGACAAACGGGAGAGCAUGUGGUACACGGCGCUGCGGCAAAGUAUCCCCAGCAUGUUGAUGGGCAGUGGGAAACGUCUCUCACGGGGACUGACGACGACGAUUUGUGGCAGCAUAUGUCUCGGCGGAAAGAAGCAGCUGGUGUCGAAGCCGCGCCUGCCCGUAGGGCAGGUAUGCGGCAUCUGCCUACGUUGCCUGGGCCAGGGUGGCGCGCAAGACCGUCGUGGGCGCCGCUGGUUGACAGACCGCUGUUUGACUCAGACAGCGAUCGCGAGGCGGAACUGCAGGUACUCCUUGCUUCCCCGGAUAGUCCUGUGGCGACCGUGGAGCAGUGGCGAGCUCCCAGCUUGGAGGCGAUGUGCUUCAGCGCCGCGCAGCUGCCCAAACUCCAAGGCGAAGCGCCGCGUCCUCGUGCGAAGGUUAAGUUCACGACCCCGGACUACACGAAACCCGCCGUCUUGAAACCCGCCCUUAAAAAGCCCGCGUUCAGAAACCCCUUCACGGAGACACCCACCGUCACAAAACCUGCCGUCUUCAAAUCCGCCCUUAAAAAGCCCGUGUUCAAAAUUCCCUUUACGGAGACCCCCGCCGUCACGAACCCCGCCGUCCUAAAAUCCGCCCUCAAAAAGCCCUUAUUCAGAAACCCCUUCACGGCGACCCCCGCCUCCACUCGCCCCACAUACCCCUACCUCCCGCCCUCUCCCCACCGUCCCGCCCCCAAACCCCCUUCCCUAGUCCUCACACCCCCGACCCCAAAUCCGACAUCCUACCCCUCCAAAGCCGGCGCUGCGCUGUCCUGCUCGCACCGCCCGCUGAGCCCGUCGAUAGAGUCGCCGCGCGCGGCGCGCGCGCGGUUGGAGCUCGGGCAUACGCCGCUGAGUCGGGAGGUGUUGGGGGCGUUGAGGGCGUGGUUUGCGGUGGGGGACGCUGGGGGGGAGGGGUUUGAGUAUCGGGAUGUGUGUAUGGGGGGAACGUAGGUAUGGGGUGGGUGUGCGAGAUGCGUGUUCAAAGCUAGAGUAUGAGUCUCGAGUAACUUGGUGAGUAGAGAUAGAGAUGGUGUGGGAGAUGGAGAUUUUCACAGAGAGUUGAGAUGCAAAUUGAGCCAGCCAGACACGUGGGUCAUAGCUUAGAGUUGUUGUAGAGUAGGCUAAUGUAAAAGAGCGUGAUUUAAAGUAUCGAGAGUGAUCAGCGGGGAGAAAAAUGCAGUGAAUAUCAAUAGUGCCGGUGUUUGAAUAUCUUGUACAUGGAAGAAGCGAGGCAGCAGGAAGCACCUGACACCAACACUGACACCGAAAGGAAGAAGGAGGCAACACAAGCACUCCGGCGUCUGCACCCACAC